AUGUCCUAUCAUGAUUCCCGGGGUCCUAGCACUCAUGAUCGUACUGCUCAUCGCACCCAUGAUCAAUUUUCCUCCGCGACAAGAGCGAGAUCGAAGCAUGGUUCUAUUGAUGGUUCUUCUACUCCUACUCGUGGGUGGAGUUAUAGUAAUCAUAAGGCUUAUCACCGGUCAAAACCCAUAGUAACAUCCGCUCUUCGAUGUCUAGUUGGAAAAUUCGAAGCCAUGGAUGCGUUGAGUCUUCCGAUUCAAGAUCUUGCUCUGCAGCCGGCACCAUUACAUUCAGCGCGGAAUUCUCCCCGAAAGAGAAGCAGAACUAGGGAUUCUUCACAGAAACGAUUAUCGACAAUCUUGAGUCCGAUGAGUAGGAGUUUAUCGAAGGAUGAUAGUGUUUUCCUUGAUGAAUAUUUGAGGAUUAAUACCUGGGGAGAUACUCCUAGUAGUACGAAAUCAAUGAUGCUCAGAUCUCAAAAUAGGCAAUUCCAAUCUCGAAGAUUAAGGACACCACAGCAGUCUUUCAAAGCUAUUAAGACCCCGUCUAAGAGUGAAAAUCGGAAGAUUUCCCCGAGAUCUACGUCUAAACAUAGGAAUGCUACGAAAGUCGAAACCCCGGCAUAUGCGCUACCAAAAAAGUCUCCGAAUAAGAAGAUAGGAAACAUGAUUAAGGACCGAAUACGCUUUUUCGACGGAAGUCCCGACGAGAAAUUUUCCUCGAGUCCUCUGAAGACAAGUCCUCUAAAGACUAGGCCAUCUAAAUUGGCUUCGCAUCAUGAUUUGCAUCAUCAUAAUGUUGAAUCCUCCCCAAAUUCUUACACAACAGGCAUCGACACCCAAACCCCAGCGUACAAGGGAGCACUCGCGGGUUCGGUAAAUUUCUCGAGGACAUCAGAAUUGGCGAGAGAGAAAACGUCAAGGAAGCAAAGAAAAGUUUUUGGUGAGGCAAUUCCAAAUCCUUUUCUAGCAUCUCAAGAAUCGUCGGAAAAGACGAGAUCUUCGAUUACUAUUUCACCUCAUACUUUACCGACGAAGCCGCAUCUAUUUGGUAGACUUAAUUCGGAGACGAAAGUUGACCUAAGUCCUCGGGGUAGUUCAUUAGCUCGAUACGAGGUAAACACUACACCGACGCGAAAUUUCGACGCCCCGAAAAUCUCAAGACCAAGAGGAAGAACUAUCCCCGGACGCAAAGAUCCCAAGACGGGCAUCCAGAAAGAUGUUGAUAGUCGACGCAACCAAAUCACUGAGAAAAUUGAAGCCAUAUACCAAGCCAAAGCUGAAGCACGAAAAGCUCAAAAUCAAGAGAAGACUAUUCUACAAGAAAGCUACGAGGUAUCUCCUAUGCCCAAAAACGACGGGAAAGAAGAUGAUGUUAGGAAACCUCAACGAAUCAAGGAUACUACUUCUUUUCGAUCGAAAUCGAAAGUCGCGGAUAUGAGAUUGCGAUUUGAUGGUGGUGCAUCUUUUGCUUCUACCGUAUUGCCAGGUGCUGCAUCUAAGGAUACAGAUCAUGGAACAGUAUCUCCAAUUAAAGAUGGGGAAGUUUCUUCAGUUAUACCUACUCCUCCGCCGGCACCACCACCUCCUGUUUUCUCAUCGCGUCUUUGUAGGAAGGCGAUUAUUACUCCCAAGCAUGCUCUUCCUCUUUCCGUUCCACGUACUAAAACUCCUAAAUCUCCCUCUCCGAGGAAACAUACUCUAUCUGAAACGCUGGUGCAGAGGGUAUCUAAUUUACCAUUGGAAACACCCGAGAGAAUAGCGAUACCGGGACGUUUACAAACACCUAAGGGAAAACCUCACAUGAUAGACGUAGAUGCCUCGCCGAUAUUAUCACAGCUUGAGAAAUCAGCAGUUAAGACAUGGCCGCGAUCGGGUAUUAAGAAACCGAAACAAAUAAGAAAUGGUUUGAUUGCGGAAAAGUUGAAGAUGUUUGAGGAGAUUUCGAGGAAAAAUGAUGAUUUUGUUAGUCCUGGGAAGGAAAAAAAGAAGGAUAGUGAGAGUAGUGGGAAAGUUGCGAAUGGUAAGAUUGCGAGGACUUUGGUGGAUGGUAGGAAAGAAUGUUUUGAGAUGAGUCCUACUCGAGAUGGAGAUGAGAGGAAUAUAAAUCCUAUAUUCCCAAAUGCGGUUUUAGCGAGAGAGAAGUGGAAAGUAAAGGAGAAGGAAAAGGAGAAGGGAAAGGAGAAGGGGAAGGGAGAAGAAGAGGGGAAGGUCGAAGAGUGUGCUGAUGCCAUUGAAGUAAUUGAUCAAGUCUCCCCACCGACGAAAACGAGACCACAAAGUCGGGAACCCAGAAUUGGGAAUAGACAACAUAUGGUUGGUCGGUGGAAUGAAGUCCGGGGUGAGGGAGAUGUAUUGGGUCAUUUACCGAUCAAACGAGGACUGAGAGAUGCGAGGAUGCAUAUGGGUAGAGACGGGAGUCAUAGUAUUGAUUGGGAUGAGGUAGAGAGGGAAAUUGAGAGGAAUGGGGGGUUAAUUGAUGGGGAGUUGGAUCUGGAUGGAUUGGUUGGGUGGGGAACGGGGGAGGGAAGGGGUGAGGAAAAGGAAAAGGGAGUGAGGAGGAAUGAGAGUUUAAAAAGAAAGAAUGAUGGGAGUUUAAAUAGAGAUUUAGAAAUGGUGGUAAAAGAAGCAGAAUGUGGGUUAAAAGAACCUAAACCUUUGAGAGCGGUAGAAAUGAAGAGGAUGGUGGAGAUUUGUAGGGAUAGGGAGAAGGUUGAUGAGAGGGAACGGAGUAGGGGGAGGAAAAUGGAGAGGAGGAAGUGA